AUGUCUGCUCCUACCACGAAGCCGCUCGAGAAGAAGCCGGUCAAGUUUAGCAACUUGCUACUUGGCGCGGGAUUGAACAUGUUCGAGGUCACAACACUAGGACAGCCGCUGGAAGUGAUCAAGACGACCAUGGCUGCCAACCGUACCGACUCUUUCGCAAGCGCCAUGAGCCGUAUUUGGGGCCGCGGUGGCAUCCUCGGCUACUACCAAGGUCUCAUUCCCUGGGCCUGGAUUGAGGCUUCCACCAAAGGUGCCGUACUGCUCUUCGUUGCGUCCGAGGCCGAAUUCUACGCCCGAAGCUUUGGCGCAUCUGAUUUCGGUGCUGGUAUCGUCGGUGGUAUGUCCGGUGGUGUUGCUCAGGCUUACGCAACUGUCGGAUUCUGUACAUGCAUGAAAACUGUCGAAAUCACCCGACACAAGAUGUCCGCCACCGGUGUCCAGCCCCCCAGCACCUGGCAGACAUUCAUGGACAUUUAUCGCAAGGAAGGUAUCCGCGGUAUCAACAAGGGUGUCAACGCCGUCGCAAUCCGUCAGACCACCAACUGGGGUUCUCGCUUCGGUCUUUCCCGAUUGGCCGAGAACGCUAUCCGCAACGCUACCGGUAAAAAGGACGGCGAGAAAUUGAAUGCUGGCGAGAAGAUUAUUGCCUCUGGUGUCGGUGGUGGUUUGUCCGCCUGGAACCAGCCUAUUGAAGUCAUCCGUGUUGAGAUGCAGAGCAAGGCUGAUGACCCCAACCGUCCUAAGAACUUGACUGUUGGCAAGACAUUCAAGUAUAUCUACGAGACCAAUGGUAUCAAGGGUCUGUACCGAGGAGUUGCUCCUCGUAUCGGUCUCGGAAUGUGGCAGACCGUGUGCAUGGUGGCUCUUGGUGACCUUGCCAAAGAAGCUGUAGAGAAGCUCACGGGCGAAAAGGUCACCGCAAAGCACUAG